AUGCCAAGUUUCAUCGCGAGAUACAUCAUACUGCCCCUGAUAUUGGCUGUCAUAGUGAUAUCUUGCGAGACCGAAACGCUACAGGCUCUGCAAGGCAAACAGACGUACGUCAAGGGCGAGAGUGGAGCUGGACAUGGCCAGCCACAAAACGCCUUUGAUGUAAAUGAUAUAGGAGGCGGAAAUCAGGCACAGGGCAGUACCCGUGUAUCAGGACAGCUUUCAGGGAAAGAGAUCAGCUUGAACCUAUGCUCAGAUCCACCCCGGGGACAAUGCGACUUUUACAGAGAAUGCCUCGAAUCCAAGUUCCAUUGCGGGCCCAAAGGUUACCCUCUGGGAUACGGGGAGAAAUAUUGCGAAAAAUUUGUAGCAGGACAGGACAAGCUUUCCCCAGCUGGCCAGAAGUGGAUGAUGGACACGAUGCAGUGCUUGCAGCGUGUUCUUGUUCCUGACGCGACGGAGUCUGAGGCCGACAACCGCAAACCUGGCGAGCUGGACCACAGUGAUACAAAAUCUGCCCGUGAAUCCACUGAUACAGGAUCUAAUAACAACAAGAGAUGUGAUGCUUUAAAACAGAAGGCAUUUGACUCACAUUCGGAGUGCUACCUUGCCAAUGGCUUGUGUUCGCUGAGUGGGAGGGAUUGGGUGGAAAUAGUAGAGAUCAUUGGGAUAAAAACCUUAUUCGACAGUUGGGCGGCGAUAAAAGAGACUAUUGAAGCAGCAGAAGGAUGUAUCUAG